AUGUCGGACGAGGAAGCCGGUUCUGAACAAGAAAUUGAGCCGGAGGAAGUUACCCCGGCUGACGACGCUGCAGACGGCGGAUUAGCCGCUUCAGAGAGCGCUGACAAGCAACCUAAAGAUAGGAAAGGGAAAAAAGAUGGUAUAGACAACACAGAAGGGCUUACAGAGGGUGAAAAAGCUAUGCUGGCAGCUAAAAAACGUCAAGAAGAAGAGCAAGCUGCACUGUUGCAAGAUUAUGAAGAAAAACGACGAAUUGAAAGGGAGAAGGAAGAGGAAGAAUUGCGGAAGCUGAAGGAGAAACAAGAACGAAGACGACUGGAAAGAGAAGAGGAAGAACGAGAAUUCGCAGAAAAGUUGAGACAGGAAGAAGAGCGACGUCGUGCAGAAGAAGAGGAAAGAAAAGCUCGAGUUGAAGCUGAACGGCGAAAACGAGAAGAAGAAAAACAAAAAAGAAAACAGUUACUCGCAGGCUCAUUUGCUAGUGCUAUCGAAGGAGGCAUGAACAAAGGUAGAAACUUUGUGAUACCAAAGAAGACCGAACAAAAAGACAAAUUCGACAACAUUUUCCAAGCCAAACAAGAAAUGGGCUUAACUCGUGAGCAACAGCAUGAAGUUAAAAAAGCCUUUCUGGAACAGGUAUCUAAAGAUAUAGAGUAUAAAGGUUUGAAUGAAGAGGAGUUAAAAGAGAAGAUCCGAUGGCUGCACCAAAGAAUAUGCAAACUUGAAGCUGACAAAUACGAUUUGGAAAAACGGCAUGAACGACAACAGUACGAUUUGAAAGAACUAAACGAACGACAACGACAAGUAUUUCGGAAUAAUGCUUUAAAGAAAGGCAUUGAUCCCACCGACGAUAUCCUCUCUUCACGUUAUCCACCAAAAGUUUCGUUAAUUAGCAAAUAUGAGAGGCAAAUUGACCGUAGAAACUUUGCUGAACGACGAGCUGUAUACGAAAAUAAAGAUGCUCAUCCAUGUUUUCCAAAUGUUCCUCCUCCGCCAGCGAAAUAUGAGAAAGUGAUUUUGAAUGCUGAUGGAACUCGACCAGAUGAGAAGGAAGGCGAAAAUGAAGAUGAAAAAGAAGCAGAUGAAGAAGAAGAAGAGUGA